GCAGCGCUCGGAACCGGCCCUGCGGCCGCCCAGCUGCAGGGCACCCUCCCGUCUGCCUUCAGCGGUGUUGGAGGCUUUCACUCCCAGUGACUUACUUUGACUAUUGAGGCUUGUUUUGGAGAAGAUUAGAAUAAACAAUCCUUCCCUGACCCAGCAUAUUCUUAACUCACAUAUUCAUCAAAAUUCAGUUUUAUGCUUCUGGUAUUUCUGUGGGUGUUCCUGUUGGCUUCAUUGCAUACAGAUUGUGUAAUCUUUCUAUCCGGUAGUAAAAGUGCUAGUCUAGUGCAGUCCUAUUUUCAUGAAAUAUUUGAAGGCUUUUUUUUUUCAGUGAGGUGGUAUGAAGUUUUAAUAGCAUUUGCAAUGUGCUCUGCAAAGGCUGUGGAAGUGUAGGCAGGCACAGUACGACUUUCUAGUUAGCUCAGCUUAAAUACAGAAUUUCCUAAAGCAUUAGUGUGCACUUUUCUGUGCUUUUAAAGUGUUGGCAUGAGGCCAUCUGUUUAUUAUCUAAACACUUGUUCUUUGAAGGCCUUGCUCAGUUGAUGAUCUGGUUUUUGUCUUGUGAGAUAUUUUCAUCCUAAAAGUCACUUUUAGGUCAUUCAUUUAAACAGUUGCACUGGUUGUCUGUGUUGGCUUUCGCUUCUUCGUUGCUUAAUGCACAGCUAGUUAAAGCCUAUUAUCCGAACUUGUAUUUUUGGUAUUUUUGUUUAUGGACUUCUUAAAUAUCACGUUAUGAUCUUGAAUCGGUGUGUCUUGUUUGAGCACUGCAAUUUGUAUUCUGUAUCCGUGGGCCGUCGUGGAGGACUUGACGUUUACCACCUAAGAAGUACUGAGGAUAUCUGGUUCUGAAUGCUGGGUAAAAAUUGGGAUAGGAAUACAGAGUUGCAAAAUUCAGACAUGCUACAGAUUUCAGACAUCAUGAAAUAGCAGGCCAGCGGAUUUGAUUUUCCAAGAAACGAAGGUUCUGUACAAAAAUUCUGCCCUUGAGUUCUCUCCUUGCUUGUUGGCACUGCUACCAUAUCUGUUGAGAAGAUCGAUUAUAAAGAUGCGGAGAGCUGAUGAUCUUCAUUGCAGUUAUCAAACAGGCAGUUGUCUUCAGUUUGUGUUUAUACAGUGCUGACCUAGAAGCAACAUAGAAUCAGUUAAAAAACUGGGGCUUCUCCGACUUGUUUUGUAAGCUCAGGAGGAGCGAUUAGUUACUGUGAUCAACAGAUAACUGUGCAUCAGAAAUCUUCAUUCAUUAGUGUGUCAUGACACUUGUUAUUGAGCAAGAGUUUUGUCCAAGGAAUAUUCUCAGAUACUUGUCAUCAAGGUCUUGGGCUUUUUUUCUGAAGGGAUGCAGCCAUUUGUCUGGAGGCUUGUCGUUGCUCUGAGAGAGUAGCGUUCUAUGUAUAUAUGACACUAGAUGAUAAUUUAAAAAACUGGGAUGCAUGGAAGUUAGUUUGUUAAGUGAUUCUUAUAUUUGAAAGGCAGUAUGCAUUUAGGGAAAAUAGUGAACUCUACUUUGUAAAUUGAAGUAGUCACUGAAAUAUCUCCUUGUUGACUCUUUUUGCUCUUUCAUGCAAUUGUCUUCACUGUGUACCCUUAAGUGCAAUGCUGGAAUGGUGAGUAGCAUACUCUUGUUGUGAACUUUAAAAGCAGGUGGACUUCAGAAGAAUGGACACGUACAGUAAUAUUGAGAUGGACUUGUGCAUCAUUCAAGGACUCCCAAGAAUUGAGGGUGUUCCCCUCACUUUACGAUCAGUCUGUUUCAUUUCAACAGUUCAGUGUGGCACAGUUGAUGAGAUAACCUCAGCGUAUUUUCACCGUUUGCAGAAGUCAACUUAACUUUUGAAUGCUCUUUGCUUCUAAAACGGAGACACAAAGAUGCAAUGCAUAGCAUUUUACUGUCUUUCCCUUGGAACAAGGAAGGAGUUCUUCAUGGUACCCCAAACUGUGGUUCCAUUACAGUGCUUGGCUUUAUUAUUAGCCACUGCUAUGGAUGAGCUGCAGCAAUGUAGCACAGUGUGUAAACCAAAGUACGGAUAUCAGCCAUUAAUUAUGUUUCGUUUUCUUUCCACAGUUAAGUUGAUUUUACAGAAUUUAUCAGGUCUUCCAAGCAGAAACAGGUGAUUUUUGCUGUGGGUUGAGCUCAGCAUGGCUGUAGUCAUCCGUUUACAGGGGCUUCCUGUUAUUGCGGGUCCUGCAGAUAUUCGUCGUUUCUUCUUGGGAUUGAAUAUUCCUGAUGGAGGUGUGCAUAUUAUUGGAGGAGAAAUUGGGGAGGCUUUUAUUAUAUUUGCAACAGAUGAAGAUGCACGGCGUGCGAUGAGCUGUUCAGGAGGGUUUAUCAAGGACUCACGCAUAGAGCUCUUUCUCAGCAGCAAGACAGAAAUGCAGAAUACCAUAGAAAUGAGCCGGAAACGAUUUGAUCGUGGGGGACGAGAAACUAUAUCUGGGUCUAGACGAACGUGUACUAAUAAUUCUGGUUCAUCAGGCGUUGGAGACAUUUCACAUAUAGUUGCAGCUAUUACAAAAGGAAUGGGCAAAUCUAGUUAUGGUCCGCCAAAUCAUCCAGAGGUUGGUUUCCAUACCAAUGGCACAAGACAUGGUGAUGCAGGUAUACCUAAAUCAAGCUAUAACCAGUCAAGAAAAGAUUCUCAUCCAUUUAAUCCAGAUGAUCUUUACUUGUUUCUACGUGGUAUACCCUACUCUGCAACAGAAGAUGGAGUACGUGCUUUCCUUUCUGGGUUACGUGUCGAUGGAGUGAUUCUGAUAAAGCAUCGCAAUGGCUUAAACAAUGGUGAUUGUUUGGUAAAAUUUGCCACGCCUGGUGAUGCCUUAGAAGGACUCAAACGCCAUAGACAAUACAUGGGUCAGAGGUUUAUAGAAAUAAGACCAUCUACAGAAGAACGGUGGAUUGAAUAUGGUGGGAGGGUAGACAUGACAAGUGAAAUGGAUCGCUUUUUGUGCAAAGAACAUUCUCCAACAAGAAGUGCAGGCUACAUGCAUUCAAGGAAGCAUUCUCACUCAAGAUCACCAAGGAGACAAAGAACGCGUUCUCGUUCACCUCCCACCCAGGAAUAUUACAUACACUUAAGAAAUCUAUCUACUAGUCUUGAGAAGAGAGAUCUGAGAGCUUUUUUCCCUGAUCUGGAUAUUUGCAGCAAACAAAUCAAGUUCCUAAUGGAUAAACAUCAGAGGAGGACUAGAGAUGCCUUUGUGAUGUUAAGGAGUGAGAGAGAUUAUCAGGCUGCCUUGGAAUAUCAUAGAAAGGUUCUUCUCAAUCGUCCUGUUUACAUUUUUCCGAUUUCAAGAAGAUCAAUGUUGAAAAUAAUUGAUUCUUGUGAGAGGAAACGAUCCCAGGAAAGAGAUCAUCCUGGACAAGCCAUACAGGAAAAAAGUUAUCAGGAAGGUCAUUCUGGCCCUAAAAUAUGUGUUUAUGUAAGAAAUUUUCCAUUUGAUGUGACAAAAAUUGAAGUGCAGAAGUUUUUUGCAAGAUUUGAUAUUGAUGAAGAUGAUAUUUACUUGCUCUAUGAUGACAAAGGAGUUGGGCUGGGAGAAGCAUUAGUGAAGUUUAAGUCUGAAGAACAAGCCGUGAAAGCAGAAAGCUUAAAUCGGCGACGGUUCUUGGGAACGGAGGUAUUAUUAAGACUUAUAUCUGAAGAGCAGAUGCAGGAGUUCGGUGUAACUGUUCCCUUGUCUGGGCCAAGUGAAAUGCAGGGUCAUUCACAGGCAUAUGACAGAGGUGAGCUUUCCCGUCCAGUUGGUUCACCCUCUGGACCACCACAGGGACCACCCAUGCGUUCAUUUGGUCCCCCUGGGAAUUUUAGGCAUCCUUCUGAAUUUAGGCGCCCCCCUGAGGAUUUCAUGUGCCCUCCUGAGGAUUUUAGAGGUCCUCCACCACUCAUGGAUUUUGGUGGUGAUGGUGAACCUUUUGGCAGAAUGGAGUUUGGAAGCAGUAAAAUGGGAAGUUUUCCUGAAGGAAGAUUUAUGCCGGAUCCAAAUUUCGGUGGCGGUUCUGAACGCGUUGUUCCUAUUCGAUUGAAAAAUUUACCAUUUAAAGCUACUCCUAAUGAGAUUCUGGAUUUUUUCUAUGGCUACAGAGUCAUACCAGAGUCAGUUUCUAUACAGUAUAAUGAGCAAGGAUUGCCUUCUGGUGAUGCCAUUGUUGCUAUGACAAACUAUGAGGAAGCUAUGGCUGCUAUUAAUGAACUGAAUGAUAGGCCAAUUGGUCCACGGAAAGUUAAGUUGAGUUUGCUCUAAAGGAGGAAAAAUGCUCUAGAAUAAAAUAUUCUAGAUUUGCCAGUAUUGACAAUUAUUUUCACUUUUUUUAAUUACUGGAAGAUGCAGAAGAAACAGUUUCCAUCAACGGUUGUAAAUAGUAUCCAGUUUAGUUGUUUAGUUCUUGAUUGAAAUAUCUGAAUGGCUAAGAUCUCUGAGAACUGUAUCGUGUCCUCUUCUUGUGGCAGAGAAGAACCCAGAAAUUCUGGAGGACACUGAAUAUCAAGGUAUAAAAGCAUGGAGUUGCAAUGUUCCUUUUUUUUUUCCUUCUUUCCCUCCCCCCAGUUUUCUUUAAAUCCAUGUUCCAUGACUUUUCAUCAAAUAAAAGUGUAAGUGCUGAAUGAUUCACCACACAAACGGUUCAAGUAGAAAAACUUCAGUGCUGCCUGCAUUAGUAAAUUACACUUUUUAUUCAGGAUAGCUUAAAAAAAAGACUUUUUUUUUUUUGUGUAAACUGUUCAAUCUUGGUUCAGUUUCCUGUGGUUACAGGCAUCUCAAUGAGGGGGGAGGGGGGAAUUAAGAGCUUCCUGUUCAUAUUAGCUGGCUUUGCUGGCUUGCAACUUUUUUAAAUAAAUAAAAAAAAAAAGCCACUAAAUGUGUGUCUUUAUGUUUAAAAUUUGUAUAGUUACUGAUCUC